AUGACACGUCGUCAGUUUACGUUGGAUGAAAAAAUCGGUAUUAUCGGGCGAUUAGAAAAUGGUGAGAAAAACAAUUUAAUCGCAAAAGAAUUCGUGACUUCUUCGUCAACAAUAUCAACGAUAUGGAAAAGUCGGGAUUCACUCAAAAAUAUGUUACAAACCACGCCACUUCAGAUAAAACGAAUGCGUACUGCACAGCAUAAAAAACUCGAAGAAGCUGUGCUUAUAUGGUUUAAACAACAGCGGAUAUUAAACUUGCCAAUAAGUGGUCCUAUUUUGCAAACAAAAACUGAUCAAUUGGCUGUAAAAAUGAAGAUCGAGAAUUUCAAAUGCUCUGCAUCGUGGAUUCAGCGCUUUCGACAACGGCACAACAUUGGUUUUGGCAAGAUCUCAAGUGAGUCAUCGGCAGUCAAAGAUGUGAUGACCAGCAAUAAUCCAGAUAAUGAUAACGAUCAGCUUGAUGGCGAUUUUGGAACUGUACCAUCAAUAUCUGAAACUCGUGCUGCAUUAAGAACACUAGAAAAAUUUUAUUACACAAAAUAUGAGGGAACUGAUGAUGAAAGGAAAGCAUUAGUUUUAUUAAGAAAUUCAGUUAACAGGUGCAGGCCAAUUAGAACUAUUUCAAAAGUAAGGGGUGCGUGGGAGCGAUGCCCCCCUUACUAA